GUGUUUUUCCACUAUUGCAGUCAAAGCGACCCUGCCUUGAAGGGCAACAACAAACGGGCGCCAAAAUAGCGUAUGUGAAAACGUUGCGAAAAACAAAAACAAUUAUUUAAUACCAGAAGUGAACGCAACGAGCAAAAUGACGAUGAGCCUGGAUGAGUCCAUCUGCGCGUAUUUUGUGAACAACCUGAAAUCCAGCGACAGCAAUGAGCCGGACACCCUCGAGCAGUUCACGACGGCACUGGAGCUGAUGGGCCAGCAGCUGGCCGAGACCCAGAUACGCCAGAUCAAGCCCAGCGAGGGCUAUCCCCUGAUAGCAGCCGGCAAUCUAACCAAAAAGGAUGUCUUCGUGCUGGCCCAAUUUGAUGGCGAUUUCUUUCAGCAACUGCAAAUGACCAAGGCCCUGAUACUGGGUCCGCCCUGCCUGGUGUCGUGCCUGAGGCACAACGAGCCCAUACCGCUGGGCAGCAGUGCCAUCUACACGACGGCCAUGCGGGAUCUGCUGGUCUCUGCCACCGGCAUCACACCGCAAAAGAAGGAGGAGCUGAGCAAACUGAUCAAAUGGAUGGGCGGCGUAUACUUCCAGAGCUUCGGCCACCGCACCACCCACCUCAUCUCAAACACCAUCAAGUCCAACAAAUAUGAGCAGGCCACGCUGAACGGUGUCCCCGUGAUGCACGUCGAUUGGGUGCAGUACGUCUGGGAUCAGAGUCGCAAGCGGCAAAAGGAGAGCAUUCGAGCCAUAGAUCCAGACUUUGACAAGUACCGCCUGCCCACGUUCUUUGGGGCGAACAUCACGUGCAGCGGUCUCGAUGUGGCGCGCAAGGAUCAGGUCAUGCGUCUGGUCAAUGAUAAUGGUGGGAUCUACCAUCGCGCCUUUCGCUCUCAGGUGGUGGAUAUCGUGAUCACCGAGCAGUCCAAGACGGACACCGAAAAGUACAAGGCGGCCAUACGCUUCAAGAAGGAUGUCCUGCUGCCCGAAUGGAUAUUCGAUAGCCACAGUCGUGGGUAUGCCUUGCCCACCAAAAACUACGAGGUGCGCGCCGGCAAGAAGGUCUCCACGCCCACCAAGAGCAGCAGCAGUCGUCACUCGGCGGCAUGCACGGGGCCGGGCGACCAGACCCAGCUGUCGGAUUUGUCCAGGAUUAGCUUUGUCUCUGGCUCCCGUCGCAUGUGCAGCGACAUGACCACCGUGAAUGAGACGCUGAGCAGCCUGGCCGCCAGCUCCCCAGCCAAGGAUCUCCUGAAGCAGGCCACAACCAGCAGCAGCGGUAGCAGUCGGAACUACCAGCAAGUUCUGGCCGAGAUCUGUCCGCGUCAGGCCAAAAAGGCAGGGCCCCUCCUCGAUGGCUGUUGCGUUUACCUCAGCGGCUUUCGCACGGAGGAGCGCGAGAAGCUCAAUCGUGUCCUGAACACAUGCGGUGCCACACGCUACGAUGAGGCCAACGAGGGCAUAUCCCACAUUAUUGUCGGCCAACUGGACGACACCGAGUACCGGCAAUGGGAGCGAGAUGGCCUCAUGGGCACCGUUCAUGUAGUGCGCCUGGACUGGCUGCUGGAGAGCAUACGCUUUGGUCGUCUGGUCAACGAAGUGGUGCAUCGGGUCUCCUUGCCGCAGACCCGAGAGCCAGAUGUGGCCUCACCCGCCAGCAAACGUACACUGCGAUCGAUGAACCACAGCUUCAAGCAGCCGCAGCUGCCCAUCAAGAAGAAGCUAUUCGAAGGGGAACCGGAACCAGAGGAGGAGAAGCCCCAGGAUAUGGACGUGGAGCUGCUUAAUCAGUAUUCGCAGGACCAAGAGCCAGUGGCACAGCUGCCGCCCACAGCUGCGGCCAAUCCAGAAGUGAGCAUGCUCCUCAAUCCGGCAGCAAGUUCCACUCAAAUGGAGGUUCGUCCGGCCCUCGCUGCUCCUCUCAGCAGACGCCUAUCAGCGGUGGCUGGAGCCCUGCCCCUGCCAGAUCUCAGUGCCAGCACUUUGUCCAUAGACUUUGAUAAACUGGACUACUUCACUGGCGUCUCUGUCUACGUGCACAAGGACUCCUUCAACACGGAGUUCUACACCCAAAUGCUGAGCGAAUGCGAGGCUGCCCAGGGUCUCCUGGUCCCUGCCAGCUUCUCCGAUGAGGUGGACUAUGCCAUUGUUAGCUUUGAGGUGACCUUCGAGCCGGACAGUCUGCCCAUACGAGCGCGUCACGUGGUCACCGAACUGUUCCUCGAGAGCUGCAUGAAACAGAACAAGCUCCUGCCCGCCGAAUACUAUCACCUGCCAGUGCCGUCCGCAGCCAGCCGAGAGCCGCUCACGGGCAUGACCAUUGUGGUGUCCAUCUAUGCGGGUCUGGAGCGGGACUUUAUCAAUUCGGUGGCCACACUACUGGGCGCUUCGGUCAACAAGACGUUCAUCAAGAAGGAGAAACCCCUACUGGUGUGUCCCACAGCCGAGGGCUCCAAGUAUGAGGGGGCCAUCAAGUGGCACUAUCCGGUGGUCACGUCCGCCUGGCUGGUGCAGUGCGCCCAGGCGGGUGAGAAGCUCCCAUAUGUCGAUCAUUUGGUGGGCAAGAGUCAAGCCGAUUUUCCCUUGAUUUCCCCGCGAUUGAAAGAAAGCAAUUUGCGUACACCACGUCGCCAAGGGUCGGAAACGGAUCAGCAACAGCAGUCAGCCAUGUCCAGUGUGGCUCGGGAAGAGGCUGAAAAUCAGCCAGAAGCUAUCCCCGUUCCCGUUACCGCUCCCCCUCCAGUCGUACCAGUAGGUCCUGCUCCAGAGCUAACGCCGCUGCGCAAUCGUCGCGUCUCGGAGCUGGCGGGUGUUCGGCGCGGCAGCAGCAGCGGUUCCCCAUCCCCUCCCGACUCGCCACGCACCCCCAUCAACCAGGUGUACAGCCAGGGGUACAAUUUCGACUUUUUGGAGGAGUUUGUCGAACGCCUGGACACGGACGAAGGCAAGGAGUGUGUGCGCCAGAUCAUACGCGAGAUGCGGGAGAACCAAACGCCCGAACUGGAGCGCAUUCGCAGGCAGGCCUGUACGCCGGUGAGCCACCAAAAUCGACGACCGGCCCCGGGCAUACCCGAGUUCUGCUUGACGCCAGAGUUUAAGCAGCGGAUGGCCGAUGAUUUUGAGCGACGCUGGCGCCUGCCCACGCAGGCGAUCCAGCCGGACACACCCAUAUCGGUGAUCAGGAAGCGGGUGAUGCGGAUAACCUGCGAGACGCUGGGCAUUGACUACGACGACGACGUGGAGGAGGACCAUCCACCGCCGAUCCAGAAGAAUCAAAAGCUAAACUUUGAUAGGAGGUCCCCGAAGACACCCAAAGCCACAACAAAGCCGAAACCCCCAAGUCCAGCCAAGAAGACACCGCCACGGGUGUCUGUGUCGCUGCUUAGUGGCUCCGCAUCGGGAUCCCCCUUCGUGCCAAGCACUCAGAGUCCUGGAGGCGUGGGAGCGGCCGAGAGCACCAUUAAUUUUGACAAAAUUAGCUUUGAGGAGACAACCACAGCGGGGGCGGCGGCGACGGCAAUAGAGCCCCUCAACCGCCACAACUCUCCGGACGUCAAGCAGAUCACGGACUACCUGAAGAACUGCGAGAGCCGGCGGAACAGCCUAAAGCGCAACCACGACAGUCACCUGGAGUCCGCCGAGAGCGAGGUGCAGUUUGUGCAGCCCUUCGAGUCCGAGGGCUUUGCUUUGGGCACCGAGGACAUGGUGGACUGGCGCGAUCCAGCCGAAUUCAAUGCGGCCAAGAGGCGUUCCUCGGGCUCGCCACGAAUGCAGCAUGCGGGCACACCCUGCUUCAGCAUCUCCUGCGGCGACGACGAUGAGAAGCGAGCCGAGCUGAUUGACCGCAUACAGCAGUUGGGCGGCAAGCUGUGCGACAAUCUCGUCAACUACGACGACGCCUGCACGCAUUUGCUCUGCGAGCGGCCGAAUCGGGGCGAGAAAAUGCUGGCCUGCAUAGCUGCUGGGAAGUGGGUCCUCAAUAUCCAGUAUAUAGAACAGUGCCAUGCCCGGGGCCACUUUCUGGACGAGGCCCAGCACGAGUGGGGCAAUCCGCGCGCCCUCAAUCUGCCCACUCUGGCCCCCGAAGAGGAUGUGAUUGCUGUGGCCGCACACCGUUGGCGCACGGAACUGAGUGUCUCUGGCGGUGGCGCCUACUCCGAGCAUCGUGUUAUACUCAGCCUUCAUGAGCGCAGUGGGGCGGCCAUACGGAAUGUGCUGCGUGCUGGCGGGGCCUGCAUUUUAGAGCCGCGCUCUCCGUUUGCCCAAGAUCCGCUGGUCGCCACAGCCACCGAUUGUUUUGUGGACAUCAAGAAGGCCCCGCUGGCGCCCAGGGACUUGGCCCAUUUGCAGCACUGCGGGGUGCGCAUCUUCACCCAAUUGGCCAUCAACUACUAUCUGAUGCAUGGUCGGGAAGCCAAUCUGGAGAAAUAUGUGGUCAAGUAGACUUUGAACUGAAACUGGAACUGAUCGUAUCGUACUCUUUAGCUUACAGUAUAUUCUUUUGCCAAAUUGUUCUAUCUAUUUAAACACUACUUCAUCACGUUUGUUAUAUCUCGUUCAUGUUUCUAAAAGAAAGGAAAAUCUGUCGGAAUCAGCGGAGCUUUAUGCCACGAAUCAAUUGAUUUGAUACGAUGUAAAUGCUAUGGAAAAUACCCUUGAAGUCAGCAAAAUAUUUCUUUUUUUCUAAAUUUGUUAUAACUUUGAAAAGCAUUAUUAAACCAAUCAAAACAAAACACUUUAA